AUGAAGUGCUUUCUACAUAUCGUUUGCCUUAGGUUAUGCGAAAAUCUCAUCUGUAAUUUCCCAAACGCAUACUCCAACAUUACUUGUACGGCUUCAGUUGAAAACCAUAAUGGAACUCCGUCAACGGAAGCCUUUGUUUGGCCCGGCCAAGUUCACUCUCUACGCACAGAAUCACGUGGUUACGAGAACCACAAUAUCACCUCGACUGAAGUAAUGGAUGGUACAAUGGAUGAAGGUGGCUCAAAACCAGACUUUGUAAAACGCAAUGUGGAGCUGGCUGGAAAGCACAAUCAGAUUAUGCCGUUUACAGAUGCGGAACAGGCUCGGUUGGAGUAUCUGUUAGGGGAAUGUUCUGAUGAAGAGGAUUGGCUUGUCGAUUCACAGGUGCUCACUUCCUCGAAGGAACCUCAGAUGAUGGAGAUAGUUUCCACCAGCCACUUAACUGGUAAGAACACAUGGAUGCUGUGGCCCACGUUGGACAAUACGAAGGAGCAAACUAGUCUAUCUGUCUGCCAAGAACAACUUUGCUUGUUGGAGCCCAAAGAAGCCAGGCAGAGCAUCUCCAAGUUUAGCG